UAAACGUCGUGCUUCUGAUAUCACUUACUAGUGUACUAGUACGUUAGCUGUACUUACAACUUACCGUAGUUGAUGUAAAGGCUAAAACUUUUCUUUGUCCUCCCCAUUUACUCUCUCAUUUGAGGUUUCAGGCUUUCAGUUGAGUGUAAAAAGUGUAACCUGUCGACUGAACUCUUUCCAAUGCAAGAUGUCUUGGUCGCCUUCCACCCCAUCAAUGACGUCGCUUCCGAACGCUAGCGGUCCACAACUAUUGUCAGGGACCCUGCCAUCACCUGAACCAUUUGACUCACUAUCUUAUACGGGCCCCGGGGGUGCCGAUCUUUCCCUCUCAGAACUCUCGCUUUCAGACAAAGACACAGAACAUUUUCGUUUUCAUGAUAGACCACGUUUUAGUCUGCUGGCACCGACUGCUCCGACAUCACAGUCAUUCUCGCCUGAUCACAGCAGAAUAUUAGAGGACGACGAAUAUGAAGAAGGGAACGAUGAGGGCUUCGAAAAUGAUGUUAAUACUACUGUGAUCGGAAGGGUCGCUGCUGCAAAGGCACGGGAAGUCAAACUUCAGAGCGAUCUCUACGUUCUCAAGAAGCUGAACGCGUCUUUUGCGUUAUUUAAUGACGCGUUGCGGUCUACUCAGACUGCAACUGAGCAAGUGACAACUCAACUCGCACAGACGGAUGCGCUUCUAGACAAAUAUGUCAAUAUGCUUGGGAAGUCAGAAGCUGUGGCUAAGCUAAUCUUUGAUGAACAAUGGGAAGGCGCAGAAGCUGAUGAGGAGUUGCUUCAGCAAGAACGACAGCAGGCUCUUGAACAAGCUCGACUAGAAAAGGAACGCCUUGAGCGGGAAGAAGCAGAACGGAGGGAAUCAGAACAGCGUGCGCGCGCAGCUGCGGAGGAAGCUGCUCGCCACGAGGCAGAAGAACGUACCCAACGCGAAGCUGCAGCCAUGAAGGCGCCCCGUGGCCGCGGUACCGGCGUGUCGAGUGGGGUUCGGGGUAUUCGUGGGACAAGAGCAACAUCGGCAGCUGCAGCUGCAAGAGGCGCUAAGGGCAUUCCCCGUGCAGCCUCGACGAGUACUUUAUCAGCGAUCUCUCGCAGUCGCUCUACUAGCGCCACUGGAAACAUCGGAAGCUCAGGCGGUGGAACGAGACCUGGAUCAUCUGCGAGUCGAGGAACAGGCUUGCCGCGAGGCGUACCUAGGAGAGGUUGAGCCAUGUUCCUGUGCAUAGGCAGGCUCUUCACGAAAACUCGCGGCUACUGCACAGUGCCAGGAUUAAUGACCGGCAAGAAGCACUGAACUCGCUAUCACGAUACUCUUCCGGCUGCCUUCCGCAAGGCUUCUUCAUUAAAGAGUAGAAGGUCACAGCCAUCUUGGCGCCCAGAAGUCGUGCAUCCUAGCAGAUCUGCAGAGCGAUCAUAACUCACGUC